CGAGCAGCGACAGGCCGGGGCCGGGGACGUGGCACCGCCCGCCCGCUCGCACGUUUCCUGGAAGUUUGCUGGGCGCGGGCGCAGGGCCGGCAGCUGGACCAUGAACGUGUUCCGAAUCCUCGGCGACCUGAGCCACCUCCUGGCCAUGAUCUUGCUCCUGGGGAAGAUCUGGAGGUCCAAGUGCUGCGCGGGCAUCUCGGGGAAGAGCCAGGUCCUGUUUGCCCUCGUCUUCACCACCAGGUACCUGGACCUUUUCACCAACUUCAUCUCCAUCUACAACACGGUCAUGAAGGUGGUCUUUCUCCUCUGUGCCUAUGUCACAGUGUACAUGAUCUAUGGGAAAUUUCGGAAAACGUUCGACAGUGAGAAUGACACAUUCCGCCUGGAGUUCCUUCUGGUCCCGGUCAUUGGCCUUUCCUUCCUGGAGAACUACAGCUUCACUCCGCUGGAGAUCCUCUGGACUUUCUCCAUCUACCUGGAGUCGGUGGCCAUCCUGCCUCAGCUCUUCAUGAUCAGCAAGACGGGAGAGGCCGAGACCAUCACCACUCACUACCUGUUCUUCCUGGGCCUGUACCGGGCCCUCUACCUGGCUAACUGGAUCAGGCGGUACCAGACGGAGAACUUCUACGACCAAAUCGCUGUGGUGUCUGGAGUAGUGCAAACCAUCUUCUACUGUGACUUCUUCUAUUUGUACGUCACCAAAGUCCUUAAAGGAAAGAAACUAAGCCUCCCAAUGCCCAUCUGAGGAGCCUCGGGGACGAGACGGUGCACGGUGCGUACCUCCACAAGCACACGGAGUUAACCUCCCUGGUGUUCUUGGCAACUGAACCUAACCAUGACUGGGCUCCGAAACUGGUUCGUGUGCAUUUCAGCAAAGCACUGGUCAUUAAUCUAGAAGUCCACCUCAUCAGUACUCUCCCCUCCCUUAAGUACUCUCUACAGGAAACCAGAAACCUAGACCAGCUGCCCACAUGGUGCCCACGUCCACCGAACAAGCUCUCUCGUUCCAGCCUGAGUGGGUGGAAGCAGCUGUGGGAGGCUCCCCAAGGUCCUGGUCCGAAGCCUCACCGACACGGAGGACACACCUUCUUGUGGGACUUUCACUUUCCGGAUAGGAGGUCCAAAGGCGACAGCCCCCAGGUGUGAGAUGCGCCAUCUCUACACGGCACUCAAGCCACAGCACACCAAGGGGACCCACUCUGGCAGGGCUGGGCGGUUCUGUGCCCCGCCCUUCAGCCCCCUGCCAUGUGGGGUGCCCGUUUCCUGGAAGCGCCUACCCCACAGGCCCUGCUGACUCAGUUCUGCAAGCAGACCCACCAGCCCCACCAGCCCCACCUCCCUUCUGGUCUUCGGUGCUUCUGGACCCGAACUGCAUCCUCACUUUGUCUUGAAGCAAACAAAUCAUUGUUAAGGGAACCAACCCAGAAACAGAACAAUUUUUAAAUAAAAUCAACUCACAGCUUA